AUGUUUGAUGUCUCACUGUUUGAUGAAGAUGACGACAGCAAUAGCUGGGUGCUGGUUGCAAUUAAAUGCUACUUUUAUGAAACUAACAGACCUCAUUUUCUCAUGCCCAUAAAUUUCAAUGGGUCUACUGCUCUGCAUAUGGCUACCAUAGCGUAUAAGCCAGGAAGUCUGGAUCCAAACUUUUAUUCUCUUAUUGAAGCAUUUGGCAAAAGCCGGUGCAUCUGCUGCUGGGUUCUGUUAUGGUCUCCAAAAGGAAAGCUUUGGCAAGUUUCUGAAAGGUUUGAAAUGUCAAUGCCUUGGAGACUUAAGGUUUGA